AUGGCCGACUCUACACCCAGUGACCCGCCUCCUGACUACGAAAAGUCCACCGCAGAGAAAGGUGGCCCUCCCCGUCCUCUGCGCAAAGGCCCUCUGCCUCUGGACCUUCCUAUCCUCAAGCACCUAAACUCCAAGCGAGUGAUCCUUGCGUCAGCAUCGCCUCGCAGGAAGGCGUUGCUUCAGCAGUUUGGCCUCACGAACCUCGAGAUCCUCCCAUCUACGAAACCCGAGAACCUAGAUAAGACGGCUUUCGGUCCCUUCGAAUAUGUAGCUGCGACCGCCCACCAGAAGUGCAUGGACGUCUACACCACAGCCCUCGAGACCCAUCUUGCAUCGAUACCCGACCCUGAUCUCGUCAUCGCCGCUGAUACCAUCAUCGUCUCCCGGGACGGCCGGAUUCUUGAGAAGCCUCGAAAUGAAGCCGAGCACAUCCGCAUGCUGAAGCACCUUCGAGACACGCGGAUGCACAAGGUCUUGACGGCAAUCACUGUUCUUGCUCCCAGAGAGGACGCGAGACAUCCAGGGUACCAGAUCGAUAGCCACACGGAAGAGACCAAGGUAUACUUCCUGAGCGAGUCCGAUGGUCUUCCAGACGAUGUGAUUGAGUCGUAUGUCAAAACUCGGGAGGGUGCAGACAAGGCGGGAGGCUACGCCAUCCAGGGCAUUGGCGGCAUGUUGUUAGUGGAGAAGAUUGACGGAAGCGUGGACAACGUUGUGGGGUUGCCCGUAAGAAAAUGCAUGGCCAUGGCGGAAAAGGUGAUAUUUAAGCAGGUCGAGGAAGAUUUCGAAGGGGAAGGGUCGGAGGAAGAGUUGGAUGCGUAUCGAGACACAGCUAUGUCUUCUCCAAACAACAAAUCAGCCGCGAAUGGCGAGGGCGGGGUGCCCAACGAUGAGAAACCGCGCCUCACUGAAGAGGAAAAGAAGCAGAACCACAUCGCAUCAGAGCAAAAGCGCCGGCAAGCCAUCCGCGAAGGCUUUGAUCGCCUGACAGAGCUUGUGCCCGGCCUCGAAGGCCAAGGGAGAUCAGAAGGCUUGGUCCUCAAGCGCACAGUGGAUUACAUGCGCGAGCAGCUCUCAGAGAGACAGGCGAUUAUCGAUCGCAUCGAACAAGCUGGAGGCGACGUUGACGAGAAGCACAAGAGGUCUGGCUAA